AUGGUAUUGAGGGUCGCGGCGCACGCGCACUCGAAGGCGACGCGGCCACCUGGCAACAAGUAUAGCUUGUCGCUAUGCAAGACGACGGACACUAGUUAUAUCUCCCGGCUGCGCUCGGAGCUAACGGAUUGGCCCCGAAAUUUCACCGCAAUUGAAAUAAAUCGCGCAUUUACCAAAACCUCGUCAUUGGUGAGGGUUAUACUGGACUUUCACAACACGAUCUACAAGAAACGAGCUCUCUAG